AGGCGAGACUGAGGUCUGCCCUGACAGUCCUGUCCAAAAUUUCUUCAACAACGGGAAAGUAAAAUACAGAUAUAAGUGUCGCAAGCGGUUGUCAUUCAACCCUGCAUGGAAUAAACAGAAAAAGAUUGAUAGAAGCGGCAAGGUAGCUAGCUAGCUGGCAUGUCACUGACAGUGCUUGGGGGCUAUACACAACCUUAGCCUACAGUACCUAGUUAGCUUGCUAACGUUGUUGAAUGGCAUGCUCGUAGGCAAUAGCACUGGGCAUAUUCUUCUUUAGCAUGUGGUUUAGCUAACGGCAGUAUCUUUCUUGCCCAAUGUGGGGACGAAAGAGACAGCUGGGACAUUGGCAGAAAGCUUGGCUAGCUGCAGUAGCUAACCAAUAACUGGUAUUGUGCCGCAGAUCCAGUUUCACCAAUGGCAGUUCUCAUCGCGGAGGACGCAAUGACACAAGACUAGGAGCCGCGGGGUGACUGACAGUCUUCAGGAACCCGACCAUCGAAGUAGCUAGCUACUACUGCUGACAAUCUGGGAACAUGGACAAUUUUUCCAAAUGCAUCCAGAGAAAUAUCUCUCCCAGUGGAUCAGAAUGUAAUGCAAGAAGGACGGAUCAUGUAGAAAAGCUUUCCAGGCAGACCAGGGCAUGUAAUGAACGGGAACCGCACACAUCAUGCCAACAUAACACGCAACGCAUUGAACCAGAAGGAAGCAUGACAGCAAAUUAACGUUUAUUUUAUCUUUGUAUUUAUUUUGCUGAACAACAUUUGGUUUAGUCUGGCUAUCAUCACUGGUUCCCAGAUUUAAUGUACUAGUUCUAUCAACCGAUGUCUGAGAUCAGUCAGAAUUUAGAUUUCAUGAUGACGGUGGAGGGUUCCACAAUAAAGAGUCGGAUCAAAAAUCUUCUCCGCUCGCCAUCUAUCAAAUUGAGAAGGAAUAAAGAUCGGAACCAUAAAGAGAAUCUCAGUAACAAGGUCACAUUAGAGAAGGUGCUGGGGAUCACAGCAUUUGGGAACCGUGCUUUGGCCUGCGACCCUCGCUCCGGACUUGUGGCCUACCCAGCUGGAUGUGUGGUGGUGCUGCUGAACCCCAAGAAGAACAAACAGCAUCACAUCCUCAACAGCUCCAGGAAAACCAUCACCACUCUGUCAUUUUCCCCUGAUGGCAAAUAUGUGGUCACAGGAGAGAGUGGGCACAUGCCUGCUGUGCGGGUGUGGGACGUUGCAGAGCGGACUCAGGUGGCCGAGCUACAGGAGCAUAAGUACGGCAUCUCCUGCGUGGCCUUCAGCCCUAACAGCAAGUACAUCGUCAGCGUGGGAUACCAGCACGACAUGAUCGUCAAUGUCUGGGCCUGGAAGAAAAACAUUGUGGUGGCAGCCAACAAAGUCUCCAGUAAAGUGACGGCCGUGUCCUUCUCAGACGACAGCUCCUACUUUGUCACGGCAGGGAACAGGCACGUCAAGUUCUGGUACCUGGAUCACACCAAAUCCUCCAAGGUGAAUGCCACAGUUCCUCUGCUGGGUCGCUCAGGGCUCCUGGGAGAGUUGAGGAACAACUUCUUCUCUGACGUGGCAUGUGGGAAGGGUCGUAAAGCCGGCAGCACCUUCUGCAUCACUUCCUCAGGCCUGCUCUGCGAGUUCAAUGACAAACGCCUGCUGGACAAAUGGGUGGAGCUAAGGACAUCUCAGGCCACAUCUCUGUCUGUGACAGAGGAGCUGAUCUUCUGUGGCUGUGCAGACGGCACCGUGAGGGUCUUCAGCCCUGUCAACCUGCACUUCAUCUGUACCCUGCCACGCCCACACAGCCUGGGAACAGACAUCGCCACCGUGGUGGAGGCUAGCCACCUCUUCAGCCACAAGAUGGACGCCCGGUACCCCGACACAGUGGCUGUAUCAUAUGACCCUGCGAGCCGCUGGCUGUCCUGUGUCUACAACGACCACAGCCUGUACGUGUGGGACGUACGGGACCUCAGGAAAGUGGGCAAGGUCUACUCCGCCCUCUACCACUCGGCUUGCGUGUGGAGCGUCGAGGUGUACCCGGACAGGGUAAGUGAUGGUGAGCAGCCCUGUCUGCCUCCAGGCUCCUUCCUCAGCUGCUCCUCAGACAACACCAUCCGUCUCUGGAACACUGACGGUCACAGCACCACCCUCAGCCGCAACGUCAUCAGCAACGACCUCCAGAAGAUCAUCUACAUGGACAACAACACGGCCGGCCUGCUGGACACAGAGUGCCUCAACUCGGGGAACGGAGAGAAGGCCGACCCCCAGACCUCAGAGACCAGGACGGGCAUCAGGACCAUGUGUGUGAGCCCCGACGGGCAGCACCUGGCGUCGGGCGACCGCACCGGCACCUUGAGAAUCCAUGAGCUGGUGAGCAUGGAGGAGAUUCUGAACGUUCAGGCCCACGACUCUGAGAUCCUUUGUCUGGAAUACUCCAAGCCUGAGACGGGUCUGAAGCUACUAGCCACAGCUAGUCGAGACCGUCUGAUCCAUGUGCUGGAUGCAGAGCAGGAGUACAGCCUGCUGCAGACGCUGGACGAACACUCCUCCUCCAUCACCGCCGUCCGAUUCGCUGCCAAUGACGGCAAGGUGAGGAUGAUCAGCUGUGGCGCUGACAAGAGCAUCUACUUCCGCACAGCGCAGAAGUCAGAUGAAGGAACAGUGUUUACCCGCACCCACCACAUCGUACGCAAGACAACGCUGUAUGACAUGGAUAUCGACCCCACCAGGAAGUAUGCCGCUAUUGGUUGUCAAGACCGCAGCGUUAGAAUCUUCAACAUCAGUAACGGCAAACAGAAGAAACUGUACAAGGGCUCCCAAGGAGAGGAUGGCACUGUUAUUAAGGUUCAGACCGACCCCUCGGGACUGUAUGUGGCCACCAGCUGCUCAGACAAGAACAUCAGCAUCUUUGACUUCUACUCUGGAGAGUGUGUGGCCACCAUGUUUGGACACUCUGAGGUUGUGACUGGAAUGAAAUUCACCAAUGACUGCAAGCACAUGAUAACUGUGUCUGGUGACAGCUGCAUCUUUGUGUGGCGUCUGGCCCCGGAGCUCACCAUCAGUAUGAGACAGCGUCUGUCAGACCUCAAACAGAGUGGCAAGCCAGUUCAGAAGACACCACCUCACAAACCUUGCAAUCUCAGCACCAGGAGAGAGGUGCACAGAACCCCUCCCAUAGUCACCAUGUCCUCUGACAGCGACAAAGAGGUAGAGGAGGAGGAGGAGGGGAUAGAGGAGGAGGAUGAGGAAGAGAUGAUCUCUCCUUACAUGGUGUCAGGCUGCAGUGCAGAGGAAGAGACAGACACCUCAGACGAAAAGCACAACUCUCUUAACUCUCACGGCAGAGAACUGAAAAGGGAGAGCUCUUUUGGCAGGCGUUCCUCCCAGGGCAAUCAUCACUGUGAGGAAAGGGGUCCCCGUCCGCGGCGCCGCUGGUCCAGAGGCAUGGUCAGCAUGGAGCUGAUGGUCAAGUCCAUGUUGGACCUCAGACAGCUGGAUUCCUUCGCCAUGCCCCCCUCCUCCCCCAACAAGACCAAGACCCAGCCUGAUGCUUUCAGAGACCCAUUCAGGGAGGAUGAACUGGGCAGCACCAUCAGCCUGCAACCCCUUACUGCAUGGGGGGAUGAGUCUGAGCAGAGGUCCCAGCAGCGACCCCACUACAUCAUGUUCUCUCCACAGACCCCAGAGACAGGCUCAGUGCUCUACCCCGAGGGCUGUGAGGACAAGGUCAGCUUAGCUGGCAGUGAGUACCUAGUGAAAGAGCUACUGCCCGGGCCUGAGACCAGCAGGAGUGUGAAGGGGUACCAGAACCACAGCCAGUGGAGCCAGGGCCACCAUGACAAACACAGCCCAGACAGCGCCUGCUCUGUGGACUACUCCAGCAGCAGACGGUCCAGCCCCGACAGCCAGCAGCAGCCUCCUGGAGAGAACUCUGAGCCCACGGAUCCUCUCUGUGUGGAUGGGAACUCCUCUGAAUUGGACAUGGAGGAACUGGAGGAGGAAGAGGAGGGGGGCGUAGGGAGGGGAGAGGCCAAGGGGACAACAGUAGUACCUAAGACCCCUGACCAGGAGGCCUUCCUCAAACAGCACUUUGGCAACCUGGCUGAGCUUAAAAACCCAGUGAGCCCGACCAGAGUUGUCACCCCGGACAGUGUCAGCAUCUCCUCCAAGUUCCUGUCCCAAUGCUCUCCUGGAAGCAGAACGGCCUUUCCAUUCCCCUCGAAGAGCGGUGUUGAGGGGAAGGUAGCCAGCGGUGUGGUGAGGCCCCUGGUCUCUGAGGUGAGGCCCCUCAUGGAGCACAACCAGGGCCAGAGCCACAACCAGGGUCAGAGCCAAGGCUACAACCAGGGCCAGGACCAGAGCCAAGACCACAGCCAGGACCAGAGCCACAGCCAGGACCAGAGCCACAGCCAGGACCAGAGCCACAGCCAGGACCAAAGCCAAGGCCACAACCAAAACCAGAGCCACAGCCAGGGCCAGAGCCACAGCCAGGGCCAGAGCCACAGCCAGGACCAGAGCCACAGCCAGGGCCAGAGCCACAGCCAGGACCAGAGCCAAGGCCACAACCAGGACCAGAGCCACAACCAGGACCAGAGCCAAGGCCACAGCCAUGGCCACAGCCAGAGCCACAGCAAGGGCCAGAGCCACAACCGGGGUCAGAGCCAAGGCCACAACCAGGACCAGAGCCACAACCAGGACCAGGGCCACAGCCAGGGCCAGAGCCACACCCGGAGGAAGGGCUCAGAAGAAUCUCAGAAGGGCACUACCGCGAGACUAGAAGUAGUGGACACUACGGAGAAGGGUCUGAAUCUCCGGGCCUCUCCUUUGCGGAAGAAGCUUUUUAACCCUGCAGUGGACUCCCGAAGGAUAGUCAGCCCUGUGGCCAAGGCUGCAGCAUCACACCUCACCUCUACAGGCAUGAGGAAGUCCCAGUCAGUCCAGAACCUGCACACUGAGGAAAUGCCUCUGAGCCUGUCUCGGCCUUCCAAGGAGGUAGCCCCUCAGCCCCAUCACUCCCAGUCUCAUCAAUCCCAGGCCAACGAGCGUCCAGUGACCCUCCCCACAACCCCCCGCCGCACCUUGCCCAGCGUGCCCCCCCUCUGCAACCCCACCUCCCCACAACCCCGGGACAUCACCAGUAGCAGUCACGGCACUGCCCCCACGCCCAGGAGCAUCAAAUCCCGCUGCUCCUACAUGAGCCCCACCACCAGCUCCAUGGCCAAGAUGUCCCGCUCCAUGUCCAUGGGAGACAGCCUAAACGUGGCCGAGGAAGAGUCUGAGUCUACAGAGUCACGCAGGGGGUCCAGCUCUGACACGUCAAACGCUCCCACCAAGAGCCGGAGCUGCUCCUCCCAGAGCUCCCAGAGUCUUAGUACUAAACCGUCUACCCCUGUGGCCGUUGUCUCUUCCACCUUAUCCUCCUCCUCCCCUCUAGCGUUGGGUUUAGCCAUGCCCCAUGCUGCAGUUAUCCCCACCCUCAUCACUAGCUCUCCAAGCAACUCCAACCCCAGCCCAACCACCAAGAGUCUGCAGGCUAAGCUGAUGUGCAGCACCCGGCCCCAGCUCAACCUGGACAUCUCCAAGCCCCUCCCAGACAAGCCCUCCCUGGCGGCCUUCACUCCCAACAGUACCUCCAAGACCGCCGCCUCCUCCAAGACUGUCAAAGAGGACAACGACCUCUCUUCCAGAUCUCCAGUCAGCUUGUUACCUCACCAGGGCCAGACUCAUCCAGUGCUCACCACCAAAGUCCAGCUAGUCACUGCACUGUCCCUCUCCCCAGCCACUCCUGUGGAGACUAGCCCUGCUCAGAGUCCUGAGGCAGAGCGGCGGUUUCUCACCACGGAGCUGCGUCCUGAGGCCCCCGUGGUAGACAACAGGCUAGAACAGCCAAAGAUGGAGGAGAGCCAGGGCCUGACCCAAGAGAAGAGUCCCGCGAUGGAGGUGUCUCUACAGGGCAGUCCCGUAUACCUGCUGUCAUCUGGAGGUCCCGGCCAGGACCGUGCAGGUUUGCUCCAGCGAUCUCCCUCCUUCAUCCUGUCAUCUCUGCGUCUGGGCAUGCCCCUGGCCAACACCAAGCACUUCUUUACUACUGGUGCCGGGUGGCCUACCGUCUCAGUCUCCACCCCCAUAUACUCUGCACCUUCACCCUGUCCUCCGUCACUUAAUCAUUUCCUCCUGACGGACGGUUCUCUCAGUAUGGAGUCGUGCAGGGUGGUGGCCAGCGAUCUACAGAACACCUUUAGGAAGGCCUCCCAGCUCUACAGAAUGGUGAACAGUGUGCCUGUAGACUCCAGGCAGGAGCACCAUGAGAUGGCCCAGGUCCUGUCUGAGGCCUUUGAGGUGGUGAGGGCCGAGCUGAGCUCCCUGCCCCAGAGCUCACCCCCAUCCCCCUCUGGAGGACCUGCAGCAGGAGGCUCCCUGUGUACAGUGGGCUGCCGGCCCGUUGGACCAGUAGAACCAGGGACGGGGAGAUUAGCCUCAGGGGAGGAGAGGACUCUGGCUCUGCUGGAGCAGUACUCUGAGCUCCUCCUUCAAGCCGUGGAGAAGAGGCUGGACAACAAGCAUCUCUCCUAAAUACUCCUCUUCUUUCACACCCUUCCUUGAAGACUGACGCAACCCUCUUGCAAAUGUAGGAUCGUAAGCCAUUGUGCAAGGAUAUCUGCAGACUACAGUACUUCUUCUUUUUAUUUAAUUUCUUUCUCGACACGUUUUUAAAAUGAACAGAUUAAAAUACUCCUGAAGGAUGCCUGUACAUAUUUUUUAGAAGUUAUUUUUUCUUUUUAAGCACUUCUCUCUCUUUCUCUCUGAUGCACCCUGUGGUUGGGUGGUCCCCUCUAUCCCUGUCAGAUCUCUGUAGGCCUAGGAGGGGUUGGGAGGGUUGGACUCAGCACAAUGGCCCACAGAUACUGAUACUGUAGGGAGACUCCUCAGGAUGAUCAAUGCCUCAGCAUUCAUUCCCGGUGUGGCUGAGCUGCACUACAGACCGUCAUUCAUCACCCUUCCUCCCUCUAAUAUAUUGUGUGCUACCUACAGUACCUACCUACAGUACCUACCAGACACCUGCACUCUCACGACCACUGGUUUUGUUUACCCCUGUUGCCAAAUAUUGUGCCCUGCUACUUUGUUUUAAUGAAGUUGUUGUUAUGGAAAUUCCCGGAUGCCCUAGAGUUGCUGCGUUGGAGCCAGUGGCGUAGCGUAGUUUUGCGGGCCCCUCUUGCAAGAUGUCCCCACAGAAAGAAAAAUGUGCAGUUUUAUAGCUUAUCUCAUGCUAUUUGACACAUAUUGCCAUGAGGUUGAGAGAAAAUGUUGAUGUUUUAGAGCUCAGGCAUUCUUGAAAGACGGGACAAUGGGACAACCUCAACUUUUUUCCCACAAAUAUUUGUCUUUAUAUUAACAAAAGUUGAAAUCUAUAUUUUGAUAGACCAAAGUACCAGCUAUCACACCAUGUAAAGGAAGAAGCAACUUCCAAACUUAUUUUUGUUUUGUUUUUAUAGUACUCCCGAGUGGCGCUGCGGUCUAAGGCACUGCAUCUCAGUGAUAGAGGCGUCACUACAGAUCCUGGUUCGAUUCCAGGCUGUAUCACAACUGGCCGUGAUUGGGAGUCCCAUAGGGCGGCGCACAAUUGGCCCAGCGUCGUCCGGGUUAGGGUUUGGCCGGGAUAGGCCGUCAUUAUAAAUAAGAAUUUGUUCUUAACUGACUUGCCUAGUUAAAUAAAGGUUAAAUAAAUCAAUUAAAUACAAAUAUUUAGCACUACUAAAUGCUCCAGGACAAAUUUCUUUAGCAUUGUGACAUGUUUUUCUAGAUUUAGAACAUAAAACAUUUAGAAAGCAAACAUCUUUUAGGUCUAGCAAAUCAAAUGCUUCAAAUGUUUAAGCAAAUGUUACAGAGCAGUGAUGACAAUAUUUGUUCUGAAUAUUUACACAAAAAACGAUGUUAAGGGAGUGGACCAUCGGUGACAUAAUUGACAAACCAGUGACGGAGUUGUGACAACCGAUGCUCAAAACAACAAAAGUUCAACACAAACAUUCAAUACAAAAUAUGGGAAAGGAUUCAUUUGAAAAUCUCCAAUAAAAACACAGCUUUACAGACUGAGGGGGCUUGUUGCAGUACAUGUAUUGAGGACAUGAAUGAGGGGUCCUUGUGAUGUCGCUGACCCUGCUCAUUCCUGAUUUAUUUAGGAUUUUAGACAAAUCUGACGGAGUUGACAAUCUCCGGACACAUUUUUAAGGAAUCAGUUUUGAGAUAAACAGGCUUUAAAGUCACAGAGGGCUUUUGCAAGAAACUACAUAAGAUCAUUUUUCAAUUAAUAUCCAUAAUUGCCCAUUUUUAGAAUUUUUAAUUGGGUUCCUUUGUUCCAGACAAGGGCAUUUCCAGGCAUACAGCAUACAUGGAAAUGAAUCAUAUAUAUACAAGUCCAUUUUAAGCUCAAAUAAUGCAACAAAAUAUUAUUUUUUUAACUAUGAAAUUAAAGUUUCCCUGCCGGACAAGGAUUGUCCCAACUUUCAAGAAUCCCUGAGCAAAUGUCCUGUUAUUCUACACAUUUUUCAUGAGGCUGAGAAAAAAGUGUUUCAGUUUUAAAGCUAGUUUCCUGUCAUUCAAAUAAAAUAAUUCAUGGCUUAUGACGUGAUCAUAUGCUAUGUGGGGGGCUGGCGGGCCACCUGCCUUGCAGGGGUGUGUGCUAUACCAGCGAUUGGAGCUUGAUGCUGGCUGUUGUUUUGGGAAGCAGAAGCUGCACUUUUUGGACAAUCGGAGGGCGUUGCUGUUCAAUGCCAUUCCUGACCCCAGUGCUCUAAAACAAUACUAACAACUGUUGUCACUACAAUGUGAAAUGUCUGUGUUGGUGUACCUGUCCCUACCAGGGCUUUUUGCCCACCGACACCAGGCCAUAGCAGCCUCCACACUACUAGAGGAACACAGGACCCUUCCAAGUCUUAAAAGCCAGAUUAAUCAGACAUGAUCAUGUUUUCGUGGGUGAUUUGAUUUGAUACAUUGUGUUUUGAGAGGCCCUGUCUGUGUGUGUGAUGUGUGGUUGUAUUUAUUAUGUUGUACAAGGUCCACGUUACAAAUGGAGUUGUCAGCCCCUUGUGAGUUGUAGUUUGUUUUGUACCAGAGCUAGGUCACCAGUGGGGGAAUAACACUGCAAAAACAGAAGACUUGAAAAUAUACAGCAUCAACUGAGAGUCUCCUCGUUCAUUAACUAUGCUGGAUGGUUUUAUAAAACAUGUGAAUUGUAUUCCCAGUACAUUUUUUGUAUUCCAAAUUGAUGUUCAAGGUGUGCAAAUAAUAAUACAAAAUGUCUCAAGGAAAUGGGUGCCUUAAUUCAAAACCAGCGUUUUUCAUAGUUUAAAAUGUGUUGGGUUAUACCAAAAUAAUAUUGAAUUGUAAUGAAAAGGCAACUACUGAAAUUGAGCUACUGCUGUGGGAAACAAAUGACACUGAGGAGAAGCAUUUUCUGAUGACUGAAUACAGACAUCGCAUCUCGGAACCCAAACCGGCUGCACACAUGUACCAUCGUGCAAACAUUUAUUUUGUCCCCCCACACCAAACGCGAUACGCAGGUUAAAAUAUCAAAACAAACUGAACCAAUUACAUUCCUUUGGGGACAGGUCGAAAAGCAUUAAACAUGUAUGGCAAUUUAGCUAGCUAGCUUGCACAUGCUAGCUAAUUCGUCCUAUUUAGCUAGCUUGCUGUUGCUAGCUAAUUUGUCCUGGGAUAUAAACAUUGAGUUGUUAUUUUACCUGAAAUGCACAAGGUCCUCUACUCUGACAGUUAAUCCACACAUAAAGCAGUCAACCGAAUCUUUCUUGUCAUCUCUCCUCCUUCCAGGCUUUUUCAUCUUUGAAUUUCUACGGUGAUUGGCAUCUAAACUUUCCUAGUAUUACCAUGACAAACAGCAAAACAGUUUGUCUUUCAAUCACCCAUGUGGGUAUAACCAAUGAGGAGAUGGCACAUGGGUACCUGCUUCUAUAAACCAAUGAGGAGAUGAGAGAGGCAGGACUUGCAGUGCGAUCUGCGUCAGAAAUAGGAAUAACUUCUAUUUUAGCCCUUGGCAACGCAGACGCUCGUUGGCGCAUGCAAGCAGUGUGGGUGCAGUUAUUGAAUAACAUGGAUUUCUACAUUUAUUUUGCAACGCUCGCACAUGCGACGUGUCUGGUCUGGUCAGCAUGUUAGGGUUGGGUUACCAGAGGUAAAGAACCCAGAACAAACCAGAUCAAAUCAGAUCAUAACAGAUCUUGCAUCAGAUACAAACCGUGCAGAAAACAUUUUUUUUUCCCACACCUCAUUUAUUGGCUCUUGUCUGGCUGUGGUGUUUUCAUCCUGGUCCCUGGGCACUUUUCCACCCCAAUAACAAUGCGCUUUCAUUCCUAUCAAAAUGUUCAUAGGUCACAUUAAUGUAUUUGUAAUAGCUUAGACAGACUACUAAACUAAACCUGGGUCUCUGUGUAAUGGUGUAACUGUUGUGUCAAAGGCUCACAGAAUAAUAGUGUUCUGAUGCUGCUAUGAUUGUGGCUGCAGACUAGCACAACACUGCCCUCUGCUGUUGAAACUCCAUCACUGCCCAGUUGCUACUAAAACAGAAAGCCCUAACACUUCCCUCCUACAAUUUCUCUGGUCAGGAUUAUUCUGUGCUGUGUUUUACAUACUUUUCAAUACACUAGUGCCCUCAAACAAUAUUUUAAUCACCUGUGCAUACAAUAGUGUUUAAUUUCCUGAGUUAUUGAUAGACUUGUUAUAAACUUACACUUAUUGGUAGAAAGUCUUAUCAGGUACCCAAAGGGUCUUACAGCCUCUCAACAUGCCAUGCCUAGAACUCUGUUCUCUCUAGUUUUGAUUAAAGCAUUGUAUGCAUAUGACUAGAAAUGGCAUAGAAUAAGAAUGAAGUAUAUUCUGCUGUUUAUUAGUUAUUCAGUAUUUCCCCAUCUGACUGACAAUAUUCAGAACUGUGACCUUAACUAGACUGGAGGUUUCAUUAAUACAUAGGAUUGUGUUUGAUGGGACAGUAGUACAGGUGCACCUAUCUGCUACCAGGAUGCAUCAGUAUUUAUGCAUGAAGGGUGGUGAGGUGUGGAGGUUGACCGACUGGCUCGUUCCUAAGUAGGAUUGCAUGGUACAACGUACCCUAGGCUUGUUUCACUGUAUGAGUCGUUCCCGCUCUUUUUCACUGGCUGGUAUAACUUGUAGCUGACCCUCGUUCUUAAUAACCCCACCUUUUCUAUGAUGAUUACUUGUCUUAAACUACAGAUUAUGGACCAGAAUGUUCCUCUUUUAGGAAUUAUCACUUCUCAGACAUUUUAUGAGGUUUUGUUUUCUGUUUUGUACCAACCACAGUUGAGUGUUUUUACUAUAUUCACUCCCUGUACUUCUCUUUCUGCUGGAGAAUAAAAACAUAUUUAUUACACUCAA